UUUUAAAAUUUACUUUGUUAGAAAGGCUCUUGUGUCUUUAAGAAACGGCGGUGCGUGCAAAGGACUAUGGGUGCACGCAGGACUAGAGCGCGGGAGAGCCGGAGAGAUAGGUAGCAAGUCAGCGAGCGGUAACUUAUAAUUAGUUAACUUAGUUGUUCCUGAAAGUAAUAAACUCCGUGGGUUAUGUAUGCGUCACUGAUGAACGUAAGUAUUGAGUUUAUUGAAUAAGUUGUAAUUAUCGCUGACGAGUGUUUUGUUAUACCUUAGGAAGGUAUUUACGUUGAUUUCCUAUCCAAUCAUUCCCUUUACUUCGAUUAUGUAUUGUGUUGGUGUGUUAUGGUAAUGGCUUUUGUAAGCAUUGUAGUAAUUGGUUUUCCGUUUAUCUGUUAUAGAACCAUACAUACAUCCAUUCAUACGUACAGGAAAUAAAACUCAUAACAACCUCCGUCCAUCUUGUCUACCCUGCAUCGUAAUUGAUAUCCCGCAGCGAGUACUACCCUCCUGCAGCAACUCGUACAGUUUUCCCAGGGGAGUGUGGCCCCCCUUUUCCACAUACUUUGAAAACGGACUCAAAUUAAGCCUAUACGAAAAAUUCAGAAGCCUAUACAGUCUCAAAUGAAGCCUGUUGCGUUUUUAUACAAUCGGCCUGGGAUUCCGCUUAACGUCACGCCCGAAGCUCACACUUUGAUUGCAAACGGGAAGAAACAUAACUAUUGUCACGUACAUCGGCGGAUGUCAUCAAUUAAGCCUGCAUACUGGAGACUACAAAGGGACAGCACACGCAACGGGGGUUGCGAACCGUAGCGGUCUGCAGGGGGAAUCGCAGAAGCUGGAGUUUCUUAGAGCACUGCAUGGGUUUGGACAAACAUUAGGUAUUGGUAAUAUUACUGGACAAAAAUAUAUCGUUAUUGGUGUCCACCAAAGUUUCCAGCACUAGCUACAAGAAAUGAGAUUGAAUGCAUUUGCUCGUUUUUAUUUGUAUUUAUUUUUUUAAAAGUUUCUUACAUUAUAUCCGUGCUUUUUAAAGGUUAUAUCUCAAUUUUUCAAAAGUAAACACAAAAAGGAUGACACUUAAUGCCCCCUCCCUGCCCCCACCCUAUUUAGAACGUUAGGCGUUCCAUUACGUAAAAAUGUAGUACUACGUCAUGAUGCACCGCUUAUAAAUGAUCUGUUUGAUAAGGGAGAAUCAAACACAAACGAUUCGUGAGUGCAUCGUACGUGUUGUAAGAGCAAGUGAAGCUGAAAGACAUUGACAGUUAAGUGAUGGCACCCUCUAUCAAUCUCUUCACCUUCCUCGUCCUGUCCCUGGUGGGGGGCAGCUCUUCAUGGGACGAAGCUUCUCCUUGCGGAUCCGGCUCCAUCCUGACAAGGCCCUACACGGCCUUGUGUGAGCUGGAUGCGGUGUGGGGCUUGGUGGUGGUGGUGGCGGCAGCGGCGGCGGCCCUCGCCUCGCUGAUCCUGCUCCUGGUGGUACUGUGUCGCCUGCGGAAGAUCACAGAGGCUGAGGAGCGCAGCGGGGUGGCGCCGCUACUCCUGCUGCUCGCAGCCAUAUUUGGGCUUUGUGGCCUCAGCCUGGGAUACAUCGCUGAGCAGCAAGAGAGCCUCUGCUUCGCCCGGCGUGUCCUGAGGGGGGUGUUGCUUGCUAUCUGCAACACAUGCCUCGUGUUUCAUGGUCUGCGACUGCGCCGGUUGGGACAAGGUGCUCAUAGCCCCAGCACAGGUCAACUGAUGGGGCUGGCGGUGGCCUUGGCCGUGUUGGAUCCGGAGUGGAUCCUUCUAGCCACGAUGUCCACGUGCCAGCCAGCCUGUGAAUACCAGCCGCUGGACUUUGCGCUGGCCACCACUUAUGUGCUGGUCCUGCUCCUGGCAGCACUGGUGGGGGCGGCCUGCAGUCUGUGGAGGCAGCAGCCACGGUGGAGGUGCAGGACCAUGUGGCUGCUCAUCACCUGCCUGGCCUCAGUCCUGCUGUGGGUGGCCUGGAUCACCUUCUGCCUGUAUGGCAACGCGGCGCUUGGCCUGCCCCCAACAUGGGACAACCGGGUACAGGCAGUGGUGCUGCUGGCACAAGCAUGGCUGCUCAUACUGCUGCACGCUGCUCCUGAGGUCCACGCCACCUUACGGCCCCCAUCCCGCAUGAGAGAGGCCAAUUUAGAGGAGGGCCUUUCUCACCUGUAGUUUGGAGCAAACCGGGACUUCGUGUUCAGUGACAACAACUCAGGUGUCCUCCCCAGCCCCCAGGAAACAUUACAUUUUAAAUAAAUAAUAUAUAUAUCAUCA